CACACGACGAGACCGCGGGACCGCUGUUUUUCCCGUUCGAACACGAGGAUUGAUCCAAUGUAUUAUUUACGACCGAAACUUCAGCAACUUAUCCACUGGAUAUGGCUCCCGGUUUGAGGAGUGGGCGGACGGGUCACCCCGACGUGGUGGGAGCCGGCGGAGCGGAACCCGGUGGGUGCUCGCCGCGGAGGACGGAUGCCGGAGGAGAGGGGGGGUGUUUGAGGACCAGGUGGCGGAGCAACGGAGCAGCGGGGAUGCUCGCGAACUGCCUGCUGUCUGUGGGAAUGCUUUUACUUCUUGUCCGGUGCGCUCUGGCCGCAGAGGAAAAACCCACCUAUGAUGCCUCUGGUUCCUCCUCUUUACUGAGCGACCCCGGAGUCACAGCUGCUCCUGCUCAUCCAUUGGCUGACCUGUCGGUGGCGGGGGAGGUGCCUUUCUCAGUCGUCCAUUCAGAUGGUGACUCAGAGUCUGAGGGUGAAGGCUUAUCUGGGCAGCCUGCCUUUUCUUCUGUCUUAACCGUCAUGGCAGGAACUGUCAAACAUCCGGUGAGCCUUGAUCAAAGUAGAACCUCACCGACUAUCACCAGGGUCGAGACACACACCACCCAAUGGCCUUCACAUAGUUCCAGCCUGGGCUCAGAGAUGUCCUCCUCAUCGUCUGCGGGAGACAGGAUCCUUCCCGCCAGCUCAGAGACAGGGACGGAUGAGUUAACAGCUGGAACAUCCAGAGCAGUUGCGCUCACUUUCCCCAAAGAAAAAGUGGCCAGUCUAGCCCCCUCUCAAUCAGUCAGAAUUACCCUUUCUGCUGGGCCCACCGAGAGGACAUCUCAGGUAUCACCCCUGCCCCCUCGAGAGGACACCACAACAGCCUCUGUCAAGCUUACCACCACAACUGUAGCUUCAACCACCAAAACUCAAGAGCCCACCACUACCACGCCUUUCCUAAGAGUCACCACCGGAACCACACAGUCUACCACGACUACCACACCACAGCUCACACCUGUGACCAGGAGAACAACGACCACUACAACCGCCAGGUCUCAAACCAGCAGGAGGACGUUCACACCACCUGUCCCCAGAACGAGCCCUCCCAGGGGGACCAGCACCGUCUUUAUUUCGCCUUUUACUACCACCACAGAGGCUCCGCCACAACAGUGCAACAUUACAGAGAGAUUGUGGGUGAAAACAGUUGUUUCCAUCUAUGUGAGAAGAAACAGGCUGGACAGCAUUCAGAGGCAGAACCUGCGAAGGGGACUAAGCCAGGGCCUCCGAAAAGCUCUGAAUGAUAGUUCAGCCCAGGCUCAGGUGGAGACAGUAUUUGGUUCUCCCAACAUGACAGUGGCUUAUCAUGUGACUGGAGGGGACAUUGUUUACCCUCCCUCUGUUGUGCUGGAAGGCUUGGACUCCUAUGGUCGUGAUAAGCUGAUUGCAGACCUACGACAGUACCUCCCCAUGGUUACAGCCCUGCCCCUCCCAGUUGCAUCAUGGAGAUCCAGCCCUGCCACUGGCUUCCAGCUGAAAACAGUGCUGCAGUUUGUGGGAGCAGGUGAUGAUCCGCGGUCCUGUAGGUUCUCUCAAAUGAUGGAACAGAGACUUGAGAAGGUGUUUGCUGAAGCGCAGGCCAAAGUGCUCAAAACAAACAACAGACUCUCUGUUCAGAUGCUGAGUGUCUCCCAGGCAGUAGCAUCUCCUGCUGUGUCACUGGUCUACACUGUGAGGAAUGGGACUGUCUACCUUAAUGGCACCACUGCCUCAAACCUCCUUGGUCAGCUGUCAGCUGAGCUGGUGGGCUACUUCCUCUUCUAUCCACCACUUGUUAUUGCUGAGCCAAUGGAGUACCAUAAUCUGAACACCUCCGUUGCUACCAGAGACUUCUGGGUUAUUACAGUGAUCCAGGACGUGGAUAACACCAGCCUGGAGGGACAGUACCAGAGCUUUGCCAGUCUAAUGGAGCAGCGGCUGGCAGAGCUGUUUGUGUUGGCAGGGCAGCAGGGCACUCGUUUCAGACGAGCCACUGCUGUAGGCAGCUACACUGUCCAGAUGGUGAGCAUCCGUAGGGUGUCAGGGUUGAAGAAUCCAGCAGAGAUGACCUACUACGUCCAACACAAUGGCAUUCCUUUAACGGGCACGUCAGCUGCCAAGGUUCUGAACACUGUAGAUUCUCAGACCAUGGCGCUCACCCUGGGCUAUUUUGUCCAACUGCAAGCAGAACCUGUGGUCAAGAACCCUCCUAAUAACCUUUGGAUAAUCGCUGCAGUGUUGGCCCCCAUAGCUGUAGUAACACUCAUUAUCAUCAUCAUCACUGCUGUGCUAUGCAGGAAGAAUAAAAAUGACUUUAAAGCUGAUGCCAUUGGCAACCUCAACCCCAGAGCUAAGAUGGCGUAUCGGAGAGAUGUGGGCUAUUAUCAUCAGCCAGUCCAGGGUUUUGACUAUGCCAAGCAGCACCUGGGCCAACAGGGAGGGGAUGAGGAGACGCUGCCUGUCAGUCAGGAUACCUUAGUGAUGUCACUACAAAUUCGAGACACACCACUUUCACUAGAAAAGGCCCUGCAACAAGAUGGAACUGCCAACAAGAAAACCCUCACCACUGACAAACACAAAAGCAAGUUGCCGAGUGAGGACGGUUCCGUCAUCAGCAACGAAUCAGAGAAGCUGAAUUCCGGCAGGGGCUUGACAGUGCUGAAAGUCACAGCGCAGCAGAAACUGACAAAGGAGGAGACGCGCAAGAGGGACGAUCCAUAUGACACCUCCUCUGGCUCCCUGCAGCUUAUUUCCAUAAAGCCCAUGGCAGCUCAGCCCAACUACUCACACCCUGCAUUCUCUGACCGCAGCCAGGACUCAGCCGUUGUCAACGGAGAGGUGAACUUGGCUCUGAAGCAGAAGUCAGACAUAGAGCACUACAGGAACAAGCUGAGGCUGAAGGCUAAGAGGAAGGGCUAUUAUGACUUUCCCUCCACCGACGGCAGCAGCAGUGGUCGGGCUCUGGCGCAGAGGCAGCGGCACGGCCAUGAGAGGGCAGCCGGUGAGCAUGGCAGACCACUGGAGCCUGAUGAUGAGCGAGGUUCCACUUAUGUCAAGUCUCACAGGAGGCACUCCCAGGUAGGGCAGACAGCCUAUCGCAGCAGACAGAGUCUAAGCAGUCCCAGUCCUGGAGGAACAGAGAUGGACCUCCUUGUUAUGAGGGAGAGACCCAGGAGAGGCAUUCGCAACAGCGGCUAUGAUACUGAGCCUGAGUUGAUUGAGGAGACGAAUGUUGACCGUCUAAUGGGGCCAAGGGGAUACAUGUAUGGCCGGGGCUUGAAAGGCCACUCAGAGACAUCCACUCUGAGCUCACAGCCGUCCAUUGAUGAAGUGCGACAGCAGAUGCACCUGCUGCUGGAGGAGGCAUUCAGCCUGGCUUCAGGAGGCCAGUCCACAUCCGGAAGGCACUCCCAUCACCACCACCCACCUUCUGACCAUUACAGUCAUGCACCACCUCCCCUCCCCUACGCAGACGUGGUGACCAGUGCCCCUGGUACAAUGAAUGAUGGAAGGGGAGGCCUGCAGUGGGUACCAUCUUAUGGGGCAGACGUGUAUCAGUGCAGCCUGCCCAAACCGGCCUUUCACUUCACCCAGCUCCCUGAGAUGGCCAUGGGUUCUCCUCCGCCUUUACCACCUCGCACUGGACCUCCUUCUGGGACCUCCUUAAGACGUUCCACUUCUGACUUGGGGCCUAAGGGAAGGAACUCAGAGACAUCUGUCACUGAAAUGCAGAGUCAACAUGACAACAACCCAUAUGGGCCAACUACUAGAGCAGCACUUCCAUCUAUCACUGCAGAGCAGCCUGUGUCCAACUACUCAGGAAACCCAAUAACAGCCGUCUACGCCAUCCCAGCCACCAGGUCCGGCUACUCAGAAUACUUCGUCUCCACACCACCCACCUCCUACCACAGUCCCUCUUGGAUGUCCUAUCCACCUGAACCUGAGGAUGUGCCGCCACAGUGGGCUGACUCUUUGCCCCUGCCUGGGUAUGUAGAGGCUUUUCCUCAUCCUCGCUACCCACAGGGGAGCCCCACCAGGCUGCCCCUACAGUAUAACCCGGCACUGGAGGAGCCACCCACUGCCCCUAGCACAGCAUCCCAGCAAAGCCUGCCCCAGGUGGUGAAGGACAUGGACAGCAUGCCCCUUAGCAGCCUCUCCACCUCUGCGCUCGUGCAGGCCAUCCGGCAGGAGGUGGCCAAGCUGGCGAAGAAGCAGAACGAUGUGUUUGAGUUCUAGUUUUAAUUUUGCCCCCUUGUGUGCAGGAGCUCUGCACUGGUCUUCAAUAGGGGCAUACGAAGGUGGUCCUCCUUCAGACUGAUUUUUGAUGUUUGUAUUGUAAAAACAGACUGAUCUUCUUUACCCACUGAUUAUCCACUGAUCGAUUUCUUUUCACAUGCCACUGGUGUUUUGCAAACUGUUGACUUAAAGGAACAGAAAAGGUUAUGUUUUUUUUUUUUUUGGAAAAAAAUGCCAUCCUCUAUUGAUGAUGUCCUUGAGUAAAUACAUGCAUCUCUUCUUUGUAGAUAUGUCAAUAGGAUACGCUAAAUAUGGAAAAUGUAAUUUUUUCUGGGACUAGACAUUUUUUCUGAAUCAGCAUCAAUUGAAAAGAGAGAAAAGUAGCAUUAUUGUCUGUACUGAGAGAACCAACUUCCUGUCAGAUAGUUAAGUAUAACCACAGUGUAUAUGAGCAUGUACAGUAUUAGGACAUCAUGUAUGUUAUCUCCUUUUAUAGACCAUAACUUCAACAGGAUGUGCUACAUCAAUAUCAGGUCAUUCAAGCAUCCAUUCCAUAUGAAAGUACCAUAUCCAUUUUUACAAAUUCUUUGUUUUUCACAUCCCAACACCAUAACAAUAACAACAAACACUGAC